CGCGCCCGCCCCGCCCCGCCCGCGGCCGCGGGUCCCGGCGCCGCCAGGCUUAGCUCCAGCGCCCUGGAGAGGCUGGAGACCAAAGUUCACCUCCUCAAGCAGGAGAUGGUUAAUCUCCGAGAUACUGAUGUCAAGCUCAUGCGCCAGCUGCUCAUCAUCAAUGAAAGUAUUGAAUCAAUCAAAUGGAUGAUUGAAGAGAAGGGAACCAUCGUGAGCAGAGGCAGUAGUUUGAGUGGCAGUCUGUGCAGCUUGCUAGAGAGUCAGGAGACUUCCCUGCGAGGCAGUUAUAAUAGUUUACAAGACUGUAGCGAUGGACUGGAUGGAAUAUCAGUGGGAAGUUAUCUGGACACUUUGGUGGAUGAUGUCCCUGGUCAUCACACCCCUUCAGACAUGGACCAGUUCAGUGAUCCUGCUAUUUUGGAGGACUCACAAGCUCUGCAUAAGCAUCCCAAAAUUGAUUCUGAUGAGUACUACUGCUUUGGUUAAUAAAAGGAGUUCCCAAACAAUGGGAGUGCACUUG